AUGGCAACUCAAUAUGAAAUCGAGCAUAACAUCAAGGCGCCCAGCGCAUCUGGCGGGCCACGGCGGCGGCAGGUAGACAUGUCGACGUUCGAUGCGCACCUACGACAAAUCGUCCCCGAAACCUCCUCCGGCAGCGCCGUCAGCGGCCCACCAGCAGAACAGCACAACAACCCGCACGCGGUAGCGAACCCAGUCGACUUAGCAGCCCUAUACCGGCUGGUGCAGGACCAGAUGGGCACGCUCGCGACGACGGCGCCGACGCAGGCGAACAGCGACUUCCUACGGCAGCUGGUCGAGAUUCUGGAUGAGGACGUGGCGCACCCGCCGUCGCGCAUCACGGGCGUCAGCCAGGAUUUCGUCGACGGGCUGGACCGGGUCGCGCGCAAGACGCUCAAGGACGACGCGACUUGCCCCAUCUGCGCCGAGCGCUACCUCGACGACCCCUACUGCCUGGUCGUCGAGCUUCCGUGCCACCACAGCCACCGCUUUGAUCUUGACUGCGUCGGCCCCUGGCUCCGUAGCAAAGGCACCUGCCCGCUGUGUCGCAAGGAAUUGGACAAGAAGGAGGUGGUGCCGACGAAGGAUGAGGACGAGGAGGAGGAAGACGACAUGGACGGCCUUUAUGCGUGA